GGCCACCGAACCUCAUUCGCAGCACAAACGUCGAGCCGACUGGAGGUCUUCGCUAAAGAGUCCCAGUCCGCAAGGAUCAGCGUUAUCAGUUUGUUGUUAAGUUUGCUUAGUUCCCGUUCGUUCUGCUACGUUCUGCUACGUUUUCGUUUUGUCCCCUUCGAGUUCAAGUUUUAAGUUUGCCAAUAGAACCCAGUCGAAAGCCCGUUGAAACCCCGUUGAAACCCCGUUGAAACCCCGUUGACACCCCAUUGACGCCCCAUCGAUGCCAUGGCCCAGUUGCAGCAGACAGCCACCGAGAAGCUCAGCCAUCCGCACAGCAUCGGCAUCCAGCUGCAGCACAAGGGGAUGCCCCACGGACUGGGGCUCCUGACCACGGUGGCCUCGCUGCCCCCCAAGUACCGCAGUCGCUACCUGAACCUGAAAACCAGGUGCGAAAUACCGCUGGACCUAACGCUGAAGCUGCCCUCGCCGCUGCCCCACGGCGAUGUGCCCAUGGCGGCCACAUUUGCCGAGGUGUACAGCGAAAAUGCCACAGGGGGUGAUCCCGCAGAGGUGGAGGCUCCAGUUCCAGUGCCAGUGCCAGUGCCAGUGCCCCAGGCGGAGGAGAAACCCCCCACGCCGCCACAAAGUCCGGCAGGUAAGCGGAAAAUGAGCCGAGAGAGCUGUGAUGGCGAAGAGCCCCUGGAACACCCGGCCAAAGUCCACAAAAAGGAGGAGCCUCCCGUCGAAACCGUAGAAGCCACCCCGGCGAAGCCCAUCAAAGCUGCGGACUCGGCGCCCAGGACCAGCAAGGCCACCAGCUCCUCGGGCAAACCCUCCCGCAACAAGGCCACCCGCAAGCUGAAGUUCGACGAGGAGACCAGCUCCCCGGUCUCGGGCACCAUUAUCCGACCCCUGGAGGACAUCACCGAUGGCUCCAUGCAGUACAGCAACGGCGACAUAGACCCGAAGUACAACAUAGUCGAGAUCACGGAGGAGACCAAGGCGGAGCUGGCGGCCAUCAAGAACGUGAUAGGGGACUACGUGUGCCGCCUGUGCAAGAUAAAGUUCGAGGACGCCUUCGGACUGGCCCGGCACAGGUGCGCCUGCAUCGUGCUGCUGGAGUACAGGUGCCCCGAGUGCGGCAAGCAGUUCAAUUGUCCCGCCAACCUGGCCUCCCACCGGAGGUGGCACAAGCCCAGGAAGGAGGCGGCCAAGAAGGAGAACCGCAACACCAUCAAUCAGGUGGAGCGGCAGCCGGAGGUGGCGCAGAAUCCAGUGGAGGAGCUGGCCUUCGACUGCCAUGAGUGCGGCAAGAAGUUCAAGAGGGCGGCCUACCUGAGGAAGCACCAGCUGACGCACCAGAAGAAGGAGAAGCCGGUGGAGAAGCAGGUUCAGGUGAAGGCCACAGCCACCAUUACGGGCAGCUUCCACUUCAACCAGGCGGGAUCGUCCACCUCCUCUUCCGCCAGCAGCUCCCACUCAGACGAGGGCGUCUACGUGGUGGGGGCCGCCUCCAGGAGCAACUACGACUACGACAACGACUACCUCUCGGACUCCAGCUCCUCCGCCUCCUCCGCGGGCUAUGGCCGCCUGCAAAUCGUGGAGCAUGGCCUCACGGAGGAGGAGUCCAUUGCCGCCGCGGCUCUGACCAAUCUGAGGAACUGCGCCUCCGUCAUCCAGCACACCACCAUGGCCCACUGAAAAGUCGAGUGAGAUUAAGUUUAAACCUUACAGUUAAUGUUUAACGUUAAGUUUAGUCACUACAGCAGUUGAGGCCCUUCAACUCUAUGCAGCUGAAUCAGACCAAAGAACUAGUUGUAUCCAAAGGAAGUCUCAGUUUCCUCUUCGUACUCUUAGUUAGCUUAGUUUAGUUCUUAAACCGAUUUAGUUUCGUUCGCAAAAUGAGUUCAUUCUAGUCAGGCUCUAAUUUGUAUCCGUACUUCGGUCAGCAUUCCAAAUACCCCUUAGUUCUAGUCAGUGAAACCAAAGAAACUUGGCACUAGUCAGCUUCAAUACGAUCUCGAUUACUAGUCCUUAGUUUAAGCUAGUUUAGGAACUUUUGGGAGUGCAAUGAAUUAAGGAAAGCCAAAGAAGUCAUUUCUAACACCUAGUCAUUCAUCUAGUCAUUUAUCAUCUCAAAUACCAAGGACUCUCUUAUAACACUCUUUCAAAAUCAUCCGCUACUAACUACUCUACUGCAACUCCAUUACCCCUAUAUCAUCUUUCAUAUACCAUUCAUCACGCCUUUCUAUCCUCCUCUUUCCUGUUUUCCAAUCAUUUCAUACCUUCCCAUCUUCACACUCUCCAAACUCCAUUUUUCAUGAAUCAUUCCGUUCUCAUCCUAUAUUCAGUUCCACCUUAUCGCAUAUCAUCUUCCUGCUAAAUUUCAACCCUUUCCCACUUUCCCCACCCAACAUUCUUUCGUGUCAUUCUAGUCGUAGGUUCUUGCAUUCCUUCUAGUCACUUUAGGCAAGUAAUUUCUAUAAGUCAGCUUCAUUUCGGUCUUACUAAGUUUGUACAAACGUAUAUAAAUCAUAUAUCAUUCUUCAAUUUCGGAUACAGCUUUAGUCAUAUUCAGGUUCAAUACCGAAACCAAAAUUCAGGCAAAAUUGUGCAGUAAUAGUUUUUAAGUUCGAGCCCCAACAAACCAAAAAGCAAACCAAAUCCUAGUUUAAACGAAAAUCCAGACCCAGUGUUUUGGUGAACCAAGUCGAGUGUGAGCUCUAGUCAUUUUAGCCACCUAAGAAACCGGGGGAACCCCUCAGUUCCCAGUAAAGUCUAGUUUAGUUAGUCGUAGAAACGGACAACGGACCAGCGUCUCACUACCAGUCAAAGUAUUGAACAGUACAACCUAGCUAUAAGGCCCCAGGCUUCGUAAUCCGGCGGUUGUGUACUUAAAGCAAUAAGAUAUAGCAAUCCCCGAACCGGGACAAUAUCACAGCGCUAUUGUUCCUUAGCAUCUGUACGUGUAAGUUGGUUGUAACCGCAGAGUACAACGAAAAGGGAAACUUUCGCUCAAUCUAGGAACUAACUAUCUGUAAGCUAUAUCAUAUACGGAACCAUAUCGGUUGAGAUCUUGUGAUACUACAUACUAAGCUUAAAGUUUACAAGAGAAUCGUUGUGCUCGAGUGUGCAUUCACAAUAAGCUAAGAGAGAACAGAUUUUUGUACGAAAUAUUUUUAUACGUCAUAUACACAGCAAAUAUUUUUAUACAACAAAUUGUACAUUUUAAGGAGUACACGUAAUAUUUUUAUACAAAACGAAACCUUUUGAAAACCCACAAAAAUUGUAAAGUAUGAAAACUCUUGA